GGGAGCAGGCGGAGGAGACACAUGCGCGCUGCCGCCGCCGCCGCCGCAGUCCUUAGCUUCCCGGGGACAGGAAACCUUCAAGACCGAGCUGCCACUGGCGCCUCCCGGUCCGCGCCCUAUUCUGCGCGCUUGGUCUCAGCCUUCUCCCGCAAUCCCAGCGUCUUUCGGGGGAGUACAGCAGGGACUCAGCCCCAGCUGCCGUCUUCCUGCCGCGGAAAGCUGUGACCCCCCCCGCAGGAGCGGCGGGGAGGGGUGGGGGGCCCGGGAGAAGAUGGCGACGCCGGGAAACGAACCCCAACCUUUCGUCCCUGCCGUCUCCGUUGCUACUCUGCAUCCACAUCAUCAUUCCCACCACCACCACCACCAGCACCACGGAGGAACCGGAGUCAGCGGCGGGACCGGUGGCGGCGGCGGCGGCAGCGGGGGUUUCAACCUGCCCUUGAACCGGGGUCUGGAGCGCGCGCUGGAGGAGGCGGCCAACUCUGGGGGCUUGAACCUGAGCGCCAGGAAAUUGAAGGAAUUUCCCAGGACCGCGGUCCCCGGGCAUGACCUCUCCGACACCGUGCAGGCAGAUUUAUCUAAAAACAGACUGGUUGAAGUUCCAAUGGAAUUGUGCCAUUUUGUAUCACUGGAAAUUCUUAAUCUGUAUCACAAUUGUAUCAGAGUCAUUCCUGAGGCCAUCAUUAAUCUGCAGAUGCUGACCUACUUAAACUUGAGUCGAAAUCAGCUGUCUGCCCUGCCCGCCUGCCUGUGUGGUCUGCCUCUCAAAGUCUUAAUCGCAAGUAACAACAAGCUGGGAUCACUACCAGAAGAGAUAGGUCAGCUCAAACAGUUAAUGGAGCUGGAUGUGAGCUGCAACGAGAUCACAGCGCUGCCCCCGCAGAUAGGCCAGCUCAAGUCUCUUCGGGAGCUGAACGUCAGGAGGAAUUACCUAAAGGUUUUGCCACCAGAACUAGUAGAUCUUCCCUUGGUAAAAUUUGACUUUUCUUGCAACAAAGUGCUGGUGAUUCCCAUCUGCUUUAGAGAGAUGAAGCAGUUGCAAGUGUUGCUGCUUGAGAACAAUCCCCUGCAGUCCCCACCAGCUCAGAUUUGCACAAAGGGCAAAGUGCACAUAUUUAAGUAUCUGAGCAUACAAGCGUGCCAGAUUAAGACAACUGACUCCCUUUAUCUCCACACCAUGGAGAGGCCUCACUUACACCAGCAUAUUGAAGACAGCAAGAAGGAUUCUGAUUCGGGAGUUGGAAGUGAUAAUGGAGAUAAGCGAUUAUCGGCUACUGAGCCUUCUGAUGAAGACACGGUUAGCCUUAAUGUGCCAAUGUCAAAUAUCAUGGAGGAAGACCAGAUCAUCAAGGAGGACCCGUGCCAUCGCCUUAGCCCCAAUAAAGGGGAAUUUCAUCAGGAAUUUCCACCAGAGCCUUCCCUUUUGGGGGACAACAACAACUCAGGAAAACAAAGAGACCAGUUUGCUGAUGGGGCAGAUGUUCUUCAUUCGGGAUUUAUGAACUAUAUUAAGGACAGGGCAGAAGACUGUGAAGAGCUGUUACGGAUAGAAGAGGAUGCCCACUGGCAGACAGAGGAAAUAAUAAGUUCAUCCAAAGAUCAGGACAUGGAUAUAGCAAUGAUUGAGCAGCUGAGAGAAGCAGUAGAUUUGCUGCAAGAUCCCAAUGGAUUAAGUGCAGAUAUUACUGAGAGAAGUGUUUUAAAUCUGUAUCCUAUGGGAUCAGCAGAAGCCUUAGAACUACCAGAUUCUGCACUUAAUGGUCAAAUGCAGCUGGAGACAUCCCCAGUGUGUGAGGUGCAACAUGAUCUAACAUUACAGAGUAAUGGGAGCCAGUAUUCUCCAAAUGAGAUGAGAGAGGACUCUGCCUCUGGCUCUCCUACCACAAACAGCACAGCACCAUUUGGCCUGAAGCCUCGAUCAGUGUUUCUAAGACCUCAGAGAAAUUUGGAAUCUAUAGACCCACAGUUUACAAUUCGGAGGAAAAUGGAACAGAUGAGAGAAGAGAAAGAGCUGGUGGAGCAACUCCGUGAGAGCAUCGAGAUGCGGCUCAAGGUCACGCUACACGAAGACCUGGGCGCGGCCCUAAUGGAUGGCGUUGUCCUCUGCCACCUGGUCAAUCACAUUCGCCCACGGUCUGUUGCAAGCAUCCAUGUCCCCUCACCUGCAGUUCCCAAACUUAGCAUGGCCAAAUGCAGAAGAAAUGUGGAAAACUUUUUGGAAGCAUGCCGAAAACUGGGAGUACCAGAGGAGAAACUCUGUCUACCCCACCACAUCCUUGAAGAGAAAGGCCUGGUCAAAGUGGGUGUCACCGUGCAAGCAUUACUCGAUGUCACCAUCACGAAGGCUCUGUUCACAUGAGACCAAGUCUUCUCCUCUGGGUCAGCUUGGACUGUUCUCCCAUGGGGAUCUUGGACUCUGCUCCUGGCACCUCUUCCACCCUCUCCCCCACUCGCCACCUGUCAGUUCCCCAACUCUAGUUGCAUUGACAAGGUUUAGUCUCAGGGAGGACUUCCUACCUCUCAGAGCUGACCUCCACCAUUAAGACUUGACAGGUGAUCAUCUGGAAACCAGUGAGGGAGCUGGUGGAGGACUAAGUAGCACAUCAUUGCCUUUCUCCACCUCCGUCACCUUCCACGCUCACCGACUGCCAUUACCAGAACGCCAAGCACAGCUGUUUUGCAGCAAGACACAUCUGUUUUAUUAAAACCAAACUCGUUAUGGAUUUAGUGCGGGGCGGGGGGGGGGGGAUACAAUCAGGUUUUUCACCACCAAAUUUUUCAAGAAGUUUCUUGAGACCAUUGCCUUUUAAAAACUAUUUUCGACAUAACAAAAUAUUUAUAUAAAUAUUAUUUAUUAGUGAGUUGUUAUUCAUCCUUUGGAUGCAAAUUGUAAAUUAGGAAACUAUUUUAUUACUGCUUUUUUGUGGUUAAACACUUUAUUUUAAUAUUAUAAAUAUUGAGUUAUUUUCUAUCCUCUUUGGUGUGCAGUAGAUCUAGGUCUCAAUCAUGUUCUCUGGUGUAUAUGAUUCAGAAAAAAAUUAUUAAGCAAAAAACAGGUGCUUCUGUAACAAAAAAAAAAAAACUUUCUGGGGAGGCAUUAGUUACACUUUGGUUUGUGGAACAUUGGUCUUAUUUAUAUUUCUGCAUUCCAUUCAGUUUCCUACAUUCCAGCAACCCUACUGUCCCCCAAUAUAAUGAACUGACUGAAAUCAAGAGAGCACCCCAAGGUUGUUUGUAAAUAGCUGUGAUGGAUUUAAAAAAAAAAAGACAUAUUAAACUUGAAGAUAAAAUGUGAACAAUUAUUUUUUUGGAUUCAUACUUCUUUUGCUAUGCACAAAACAUUCACAUUUUAACACAAAAUCGUAAGUGUUAGCAUCAUGGGUCUUGAAGUAUAGUUUUGCACUGUGAUUUGUGUAAUUAAGGAGAGUCUAGCACCAAAGGUAGAUAAUGAGGAAAUGGUCUAGGAGAGUGGAGGUGAUUAAAAAAGAUGAUUGUCUAACCAAAAAGUUUUAAGGGAAGCUUCAAUGGAGUGAUCAGAAAUUACUUAGGGCACAUAGGACCUGGGUCAGGAAAUAAGCACUUCUUAAAAUUGCUAGUUUUAAAAGAAAUGAUUCUGAGGUGUAGAUGUGCUCAGUUUCUUAUAACAUAGUUGGUGUUUUUCACAGUAGUCUGGAAAGUUCUGCAAGAUUUGUGGUCUCUGGUGCAAAACCUGAGAAGCCACGUGGGUCGUCAGCGAGUCUGUGGGCAGCUGCACCACAAAGACAGGCGAAGAGGUCAAGUAAGUGGAGUGUGUGAGUCUGUGUGGUCAGGGAGGACGCAAGUGUGAACAAAACAGGAUGAAAGGAACCACCCAAGGAAAGGGACCAUCUGUGUUAGUCUGAGAUUCACAGAAGGCUUCACAGGUCACAACCACCUGUCAUGCAGUGACACACAUGUGCACUCCUGCUGCAGCGACAGUGACCCCAGUCACCAAUCUUUCAAAGUUCUGUGAAUGCUGACUGCACUUUCAAUCUCUGUGGAAAGUCAUUGGAAGUUUCUAGAGCAGCAGUAGCCAUAUUUGUAAACAUAAAGGUGAAUGCAAAAGAAAAGCCAUCAAGAGGACAGUGUGCGUUGAACACACACCAACAUCAACCAACACCAGGGCCGCCCUCAGUGGGGGAGGGCGGAGGUUUCUGAACAAUGAAAUUUAGAUUGGCAGCUAGCAAUUAUUACCUAUCAAAUGUACUGUGCACUUUAACCUAACUUAAAAUAUAUUUUAAUAUUUUCCUGUACUGCACAAAUACCUGUUUUGUCAAAUAGUGUAAUGAUGUAAAGAUGAAAGGUAUUUUGAACAAAGAGCGUAUACAAUUUAAGCAACAAAGGUUGAUGAUGUAAAAAGGAAUUUUGACGGCUGCACCUUCACGGGCAUUCAGAAUGCAGGGUCCUGAAGUAUUUUUGUACGUGUAUAUAUGGCAACGUGAAGCUCUGUGUAAUCAUUGUUUUCAGAGAUUUUUUUUCAAAAUUAAAAUAUUUCUUUGGAUAUUAAUUUUCAGUAUUUUUUGAAGUUGGCUGUAUAAUAAGAAUGGCUUCAGUGUUUUGUAAAAUGGCUUUUUUUUCUUUUAGAUCCAGUUCUUGUAUAGCUAAGAUGUCUACAAGAUCCUUGUAUACUGUUUAUAUGUGCAAUAAAAUGUGCAUGACCAACUCACAGUACUGAAAGUAGACAGUGUAUAUAGUGCACAUUCCCUCCUUUUAUUAUUUAACAGCCAUUAAAACUUUGAAUCUGUGUGAA